AUGGAGAUUGCAGUUGAAAUAACCUCCAGAGAGACCAUCAAACCGUCUUCUCUGACCCCGGACCACCUCCGCCACUACCGACUCUCAUUCCUCGACCAAAUCUCCCCGCCAGUCUAUAACCCAUUUGUCCUCUUCUACACCCCAAAGAAAGAAGGUGGUCAAUCCAACAUAGAUGACAUAUCCAGCAAGCUCAAAGCUUCCUUAUCUUGCAUCCUCACACAUUUCUACCCUUUGGCGGGCCGCCUCAAAGGCAACGUCUCAAUCGAAUGUGACGACGCGGGAGUGCCCUACUCCGAAGCCAUCGUCAAGUGCCAAGUUUCCGAGUUUACUGAGAAUCCAGACCCACGAGAGCUAAGGAACUUGGUUCCUUUCGUUCUUGAUGCCAGCGACGAAACAACUUUUGGUGUCCAAUUUAAUAGAUUUGACUGUGGUGGAAUCGCCAUAGGAAUAUGCAUGUCACACAAGAUAGCGGAUGCGCUAUCCUUGCUCACGUUCAUCAAUAUGUGGGCCGCCGUUUGUCGGGGAGAAGAGAUCGUAGCGCCUCCUCAAUUCCCCUCAGCCGAGCUUUCCCGCCGAAGAACAUAUUGGGUUUCGAACCGAGCACGGGGAUUAUCAGAGACAACAUAG